AUGCGGCCGCUGAGAGCCUUCCCGCUACCCAUCAACGUGGGAACCGACAUCUGCCAGAUCAGUCGCAUCCACCGCAUCCUCGAGGGGCCCCGUGCCGCCCGUUUCGUUGACCGCAUCCUGGGGCCUCAUGAGAGGGCCGCCGCUGCUUCACGCCUCCUACCGCUCACUCGGUCGGGAGGUUCCCGUGAUGGUGAGCUUUGGAAGACGGCGGCGUUCAUAGCUGGGAGGUUUGCUGCCAAGGAGGCCGCCAUCAAGGCACACUCACACCGCAGACUCACAUUCCACGACAUAAUCAUCGAGAGACGCGGCCGCGACGAGGAGCGGCUGGGCAGCGGGCCUCCGGUGGCUCGGAUCAGGGGCGAGCCGGGGGACGGCUGCGACUCGAGCGCCAUGAUCUCCAUCAGCCAUGAUGGGGACUAUGCCACUGCCGUGUGCAUUGGGCACGAUCCCAGCGUCACCGCAGAGCCAGCACCAAAGAAAUGA